CUGGCUUCUCCAACGGUCCAAUCCACCCCAGUCACACCUAAAUCCUUGCACCCUUCUCCAUCUCCACCUCUCUCUCUUACAGGCUCUCGUCUUUCUGAUUUCUCUCUCUCUCCACUAGGAUUGAAAAAUAAAAUAAAACAAAAUUGCGGGCAUGGACCCACUGUCGGAUCUGCCACCGCCACCGCCACCGGCCCCCGUCCCCGUUGCAGCUACUAGUUACCCCACCCCGGCGCCGCCUCCCCUUCAGACCCACCCUUCGUAUGCCGAGAUGAUAACGACGGCUGUAUCGGCCUUGGACGAGCCAGGCGGGUCCAGCAGGAGGGCUAUAGCUAGCUACAUAGAGGCUCGCUACGCUAACCUCCCACCGAUGCACUCCGCUCUCCUGACCCACACCCUUAAGCAGUUGAAGGUCAAUGGCCACCUUGUCAUGGUCAAAAACUCGUACAAGCUGCCCAGUCCUGGAUCUGCCCUUAACGGCUCUCUCACCGCUGUUUCUUCUGAAUCUGGCCCUGUUUCUGUUUCCAAGAGGCGGCCGGGACGCCCCCCCAAGCCCAAGGUCGGCGCGGGUGAAGCAGCAGCCCUUCCUGUAUUUGCCCCUCGCGGCGACGUGAAUUCGAUGCCGCAUGUUGCUCCAGCAGCCGGCGGGUCUCCUGCAGGCCCGAUUAAUGGGCCUGUGCGAGGCCGUGGGCGUCCGCGGAGGCAGGGAGAUGCAUCUAAGCCUACUCCUGCUCCUGCUCCAAAGCCGAGUGGUGGCAGAGGAAGGGGGAGGCCCAAGAAGAAUGGCCCCGGCCCCGCCGUAGUUGGGAGAGCGAAGAAGGGGCGAGGGAGGCCACCCAAAUCUGUUAAUUUAGCUCCUGUCUUGGGGGGAGGGGUUGCCCCGACAUCUAGCGCUGGUGCAUAUCCUGUAGUUGGUGGUGGAAAUGGAGUCGCAAGUGUGGCUGGGAAACGCCGAGGUCGGCCACCAAAGGCUGCUACUGAUGCAAAGAGACCCAGGAUCCUUACCAGUGGGCAGCCAAAGACGCCUAGGAAGCUUUCUGGCAAGCCUUUGGGCCGCCCUAGAAAGACGUCAAUACAAUCUCGAGACUCCCAGCUGCUAGUUGCCUAUCUUGAUCUCAAAGCAAAACUCGAAAAUCUGCAAUCAAGAGUCAAGCAAACAGCAUCGUUCGUAAAACCAUACUUGAGCAAUGAAGAUGCAGUUAGUGCCGUACAAGAGCUUGAAAUGUUUGCAUUAAGUGUAAGUGGAUCAUCAAAUUCUCCAAUGCCACAUCCACAGCAUCCAGCCCACAAUUGAAGAAUUGCUAACCGGCAAAGAGAAGUAAACUAUGAGCGCUGACUAUUUGGAGGAUGAGGGAUUGGUGUUGUGAACAGUUAGGAUGGUUUGCCUAGAGAGCAGAAUUCACACUUUAUGGAAGAAGAAAACAGGUGGCUGGUGAACUAUUGGAAUAUGUAAGAUGGUUUAUACCAUGGCUUAACCAAACGCAUAAUCUUUGUUCCCUCUCUUUAUGUUUAUUUAGGUUUUGUAUUGAAGCAAAUAUGUCAAACAGGAAUUGACUGUUGUGGAUGUGAUGUGGCAUUCUCCUCCUUGUAUGUGGUUUCUAGGGGGAGUAGUGCAUUACCCUUAGACGUAGUAGAUCUUGUGUAGUGUUGCAGAUGCCUAUCUUGUGUAGUGUUGCAGAUGCCUCACCAUUGGGUCUGUGACACAUCUCGACGAGCAUUUGUUUAACUUGACUUGACUAGAGGGCUGCCAGGGCAUCGAUAUUGAAACUAGUGUGGGUUAAGUGAGAGCUUGUUGUGGUAAUAUUUUGGAAUAUACCUCCUUUACACAUCUUGUACUGAUAUUAUUGAUACAGCUCCUUAGUCACUGACAACCAGGAGGAUCUAGGUUCA